GUUAACUAUCAAUCUUUAGGAUACAAACUUUGUAAACAAAAUGAAAUUCCUUGUUGUUGUUUUGGCAUGCAUUGCAGCUGUAACAGCUGAUGUAUCACAUUUAUUUAAUAAUCAAGGUGGUUAUAAUUAUCCAAAUAAUCCACAACCAUCAUUUGAUGAAGGUCAUCAUCAUCACCAUCAUCAUCAAGCACCAUCAUUUAAUGUACCACAAAAAGAAUAUUUACCACCGGUAUCACAUUCAGCUCCAGUAUCAACAUAUGUACCACCAGCUCCUGUAUUCCGUCCACAACCAGCUCCAGUUUUCCAUGCACCUGCACCAGCACCAAGACCACAACAAGAAUAUUUACCACCAGUAGCUCCAGCACCAGCACCUGUAUUUAGACCACAACCAGCUCCAGUUUUCCAUCCAGCUCCAGCUCCAGUAUUCCGUCCACAACAAUCAUAUAUUCCACCACCAGCACCAAAACCAAUUAAUACUUAUGUACCACCACCACCAGCACCAGUUAGACCACAACAAACAUAUUUACCACCAGUAUCACAACCAUCAUUCUCAGCACCAGCACCAUCUUUUAGACCAGCUCCAGCACCUGUAUUCCGUCCACAACCAGCUCCUGUUUUCCAUGCACCAGCACCAGUAUCAAGACCACAUCAAGAAUAUUUACCACCAGUAGCUGCAGCACCAGCACCUGUAUUUAGACCACAACCAGCUCCAGUUUUCCGUCCAGCUCCAGCACCAGUAUUCCGUCCACAACAAUCAUAUAUUCCACCACCAGCACCAGCACCAGUUAAUACAUAUGUACCACCACCAUCACCACCAAGAAAUACAUAUGUGCCACCAGCUCCACAACCAUCAGAAUCUGGUUAUAAUUAUGAUAGACCAUUCACUGCCUUCAAUUUUUAAAAAAAAAAAAAAGUAUAACAAAAUAAUAGAUUUUUUGUGUAUAUAAAAAUGACGAUCUUGCCUUGUAAAUUUCUAAAAUUUGAAUUUAAUUAUUAAUUAUUAUUUGAUAUUUUUUUUUUUUAAAAUAAUGUAGUAGAAUGAGUGAUAUAUUUAAAUUUUAAUUAUAUAAAUUGUAUAUAUAUAUAUAUAUUAUAUAAUAUGAUUGCUUCUGUGUGGAAUAUAUAAAAAGAAUUUUUGUUUUGUUACAAAAAAAAUAAUAAAAUAUAAAAAUUAUUAUAGAGGAACAAAAAUAUAUCCGAAAAGGAUAAUUUUAUACUCAUCCUGUAAAUAAUGUAAAAUAUUAAUGUAUUUUCGAAAAUUUCGAAAAUAUUUUUAGAUAACAAGAAAAGUAUACCUAAAAGAUUUU